AUGAGUCUCAACACCAGACCGCCUGAUUAUCUGUCAAUGACCCGUGGACAACUCCAACUUGCUUUAGAAAAGCUAAUUGCCCUUAAGCAAAGUUUGUCUUUAAGGCUGCCUGAUUGCGGAGAAAAACUGGAUAAAUCAAUUGUCCGGGUUAGAUCUAUCCUAGAAUCAAAGAAUUAUCAGGCCGAGCAACCCUCUCCACCCGCCCACUCCAGCCGAAAUCUCGUGGAGGUGCAUCCUGAUCUUCCGGCUGAUUACUCUGUUGAAGAUGAUUGCGAUGACCUCGCGGAGUGCCUUGAUUCUCUUACUUUUGGGAACUCAAAGGAAGAGGACGAAAGUGAAGAUUUGUCUAAGUUUCCAGAACGAAAGCUUAGCUUCGAGGAGAUCGAUCACCUUCGGCGCCUAUGCAAUCUUCCCAGAUUAAACGAAGAGUGCACUGAUUAUCAUCCCUUUAUCUUCCGCGUUGGUGUACUUCCUCCGCCAGCAAGUGACCUCGUUUGUCUCACGGUGGUCGACUGUCGGAACGUUGAACGACGGCUGACACGACUUGGGUCAUUAUCAACAUGGUCUAUUCAAGAGAAACCUCAGGUCAAGAAGAGUCAUUUUCUACCUGAAAUUGAUGGCGAACGCCACAGUACUUCAGCUGCCAGCGAUGCAGUUUUUGAUUUUUGGCGAUUCAUUCGUUCAGAAAACGAGGAAUGUCCUACAAUUCCAAUUCUUGUUGCGGACUCUCCAGAGAGCCUGUUGUAUCUCCGAAGGCUCUUCUGCUCCCUAAACGUCCGACAUCAUCAUGGGGCGCGUAACGGCUUACCCAGAAAUACCCGAUUCGUUGUGGACGAUAAGAAGUCGGAGGUAAAGAGAGCAGUUCCUUCAUUGGAUAAACUGUCAGCUGCUGUCGACUUCCAAGUCAGCCUUUGUCUGGCGCGUCUCCCUCACUUCACUUCCCUCAACAAGGCUUCUCUUGCUGCCCUGCGGCCUAAAAGCGUUGCUUGGAUAGAGGCCCCUUUGAACCUGUAUCUCCUCCGAACGAUAUUUCACCCUCCCGAACACGUGGCAACCCAACCGCCUUACGCUGCCACUGUCGCCUAUCCGUCCCCCCCAAUCCCCCAGACUGGCGUUACGGCGCUGUGUCACGCCGACGACAAACUCCUGCACCGGAUCGCUUGCGCCGGUCUCUCCCCCAGGAGUCUAUCUCUCCUGGCUGGCCAAGGCAAAUGGCGGGGAUUCGCGGGUCUACUCUUGGCUUCAAGGGUUUCUGAGGACGUGGACGUUGUCGCUCAGCUAUAUCGGCAUUUCCACCGAGUUCACAAGAGUUUAUCACUGAAUGCCGGGCUUUACCAUGAGAACGCCAAGACCUCAUCUACGCCUGCCACAGUUGUUCCAUGGAACCCUGUGAAUCGCCACCUGAAAACCCUCUCCAUGGAGGAGUCCCUGAGGAUAAUGAUUCGUGCCAGGGACGAAUACAGAGCCAGUCAGCAAAGAGGGGAGCUGGAUGUACGGCCCACGAUGCCUCCUGCUUCUGUUCUUUUAACAAAAUAUCGUGACCAACCUUCCGAGGACGACAACGAAACAAAUAGUGGAAUUGACUCCGACGACAGCGAACCAUAA